AUGGCCGAGUGCGACAAGAUUGUCAAGCGAGACGCCUUCCUCAAGGCCAUCGAAGUCGAAGAUGCGCCCUCGGCCGCAGAGGGCCUGGACCUCGAACACAUGGUUGUCGAUCCCUCAUACGAUGGCGCAAAGCUCGAGGACAAGAUGACCCUCGAGUUCAUAGAGGACAUGAUCGAAAGAUUCAAGAACGGAAAGAAGCUGGCCAAGAAGUACGUCUACCAGAUCAUCAUCGCCGUCAUGGACAUUAUCAAGAAGGAGCCCACCAUGGUCGAGCACGACGUUGAACAAGGGCAUGAGAUUACAGUCUGUGGUGACACGCAUGGCCAGUUCUUCGAUCUCAUGGAGAUCUUCCGCCUCGCAGGAAAGCCCUCAGAAAAGCAUGCAUUCCUCUUCAACGGCGACUUCGUUGACCGAGGUUCCUGGUCCACUGAAAUCGCACUGCUACUAUACGCCUACAAAUGGCUAUACCCCAACUCCUUCUUCCUCAACCGAGGCAACCACGAAACAGAUGACAUGAACAGGAUGUACGGCUUCGAGGGAGAGUGCAAGGCCAAGUACACCGAGCGCGUAUUCAAACUCUUCUCAGAGUCCUUCUCAGCCCUCCCUCUAGCAACUCUUAUUGGCAAGAAGUACUUUGUGCUUCACGGCGGUCUCUUCUCAGAUGACCAAAUUACCCUAGACGACGUGCGAAAGCUCAACCGAUUUAAGCAGAGGCAACCAGGCCAGUCUGGCCUUAUGAUGGAGAUGUUGUGGACCGAUCCCCAGACAAGUCCAGGCCGAGGACCCAGCAAGCGUGGUGUUGGUCUACAGUUUGGCCCUGAUGUCACCAAGCGCUUCUGCGAAAACAACGGUCUCGAGGCCAUUAUCCGGUCGCACGAGGUACGCAUGGGAGGCUACGAGGUUGAGCACGACGGACGUUGCAUAACCGUCUUCUCGGCCCCCAACUAUUGCGACAGCACCCACAACAAGGGCGCUUUUAUCAAGAUUGGGCCAGACUACAAGCUCAACUUUACCCAGUUCGAUGCGGUUGCGCAUCCAAACAUCAAGCCCAUGGCCUACGCAUCACAGGGCAUGGCUGGCAUGAUCUAA